AGUCAACCCAAGCUACUCCGUCUACCACUGCCGAAUUGGUAGUAUCAGCCGAGGCAUAUGCGGGACUAGUUUGCAUGCAUUAUUAAUACGCAAUUAACUACUCCCAGAUGUUCAGUCCAAGAAUAACUACUCAACAUCAUUAGGCAUACAUCAUGUCGCUCAAGGAAACGACAAAGCUCUUCACUCCCGUCAAAGUGGGAAAAGUCGAGCUUCAGCACCGAGUGGUGCUUGCUCCUUUGACAAGACGACGUGCAGAUGAGACCACAGCAGUCCCAGCGCCCUAUGCUGCAGAAUACUAUGCUCAGAGGGCAUCUUCUGGUGGUCUACUCAUCUCUGAAGGCACCUUCAUUGCUCACGAGGCCGGUGGAAUGUCGCGUGUACCGGGUCUCUACUCUCAAGAGCAGAUAGCAGCAUGGAAGACGAUAACGGAUGCUGUACAUGCCAAAGGAGGGUUCAUAUUCUGUCAGCUCUGGGCCCUGGGUCGAGUUGCGAACCCGAAGAUUGUUCCUCAUGUCUGGAGCGCCGGUUCUGUGCCCUUCGAUGCGAGGGGUACUGGGUCGGCUGAGCCGCCCGCUAAGUUCACCGUGAUGACUGAAUCUGAUAUUGAUAGAUUCGUGGGACAUUACCGACAAGCUGCUCUCAAUUCCAUCGAGGCAGGCUUCGACGGAGUUGAAAUUCAUGGAGCAAAUGGAUAUCUUAUUGACCAAUUCCUGCAAACCAACAGCAAUAACCGCACGGAUUCGUAUGGAGGUCCUCUCGAAAACCGCUUCCGCUUUCCAUUGAAAGUCCUCAACGCUGUCUGCGAGGCCAUCGGCCCUGAUCGCGUUGGAAUUCGCAUGAGCCCCUUUUCGAGAUUCCAAGGCAUGCGUGAGACCGAACCUCUGGCCGUCUUCGUCCCCUGGGCUGAAGCCAUCAUCAAGGCCCAGCCAUCUCUGGCAUUCAUUCAUGCAGUUGAACCUAGGAUCGCAGGAGGAAGUGAUUCUCCUGACAAAACAUUGGAAGAGAACGAAAAUCUCGCUCCCAUUCGAAAAGUCGUUGGCAGUUCAGAGAUUAAGUUCGUUGUUGCAGGAGGUUAUACACCUGACACUGCAGUUAUGCAUGCAGCUCAGACCGAUGACCUUGUAGCUUUUGGACGUUUCUUUAUUCGUAAGUCAUGUGAUCAAAAUUUCCCAAUAUGAUGUACUGAACUAGCAACAGCAAACCCCGAUCUACCAGCCCGAAUUCAAAAUGGCUGGCCGCUGACGAAGUAUGAUCGUUCGCUCUUCUACACGCCGGAUGAACACGGCUACACCGACUAUCCUGCAUACAAGCCGGAUGCAUCAAGACUUUGACGCGGGAUGGUGGAAAUCCGCUAGGGCGAUUAACGUUGCUGGGCUCCAAAAACUGAGCACAUAAUAAACCUGGAAAAUGAUUAGAGUAUUAGAAUAGCAUGUCCCCAUUUGUUGAUUAUGCACAAGCGUAUCUCGAUCAACUGUUUUGCCAGCUCAGAUGUCAAUUGUCAUGAUUUAGUUCUUGUUGGGCCUGCUGCAAAUCAGAUGCCUGUUCUGGCUCCUUUUUGCCAAUGUCGGUGGCCUUGUUUGAACUGAGGAUUUCAGAAACUUGAUGUGCCAAUCGUGUACGCGGAACCGACGUUCGCUUGAAAGGUCUACUCACACAAUCAGUUAGAAGUCCUUUAUUGCGUUGUAUAACAAGGCACUUUAGAGCCAUGGACAUCCAAGAGUAAAACGCCAGCAGGAAAGGAGAAAUAACUUACACAAUCAUCCCAUGUUCACUGUCGAGUUGCUGUUCAUCUACAG